AUGACUAUCCCCACCCGCGAGUUUGGCAAGACCGGCGAGAAAGUCGGAAGCAUCGGCUACGGUGCCAUGGGUCUCGCCGCCUUCUACGGCGAGGCUGCCCCGCAAUCCACCGUUGAUGCCAUCUUCGACAAGUGUCUCGCCGACGGUGUCACCCACUGGGACACCGCCGACAUGUACUCCCCUAUUGGAUCCACCAAGCUCGGCUACAACGAGGAGCAGAUCGGUGCCUACUUCAAGUCGCAUCCGGAUGCUCGCAAGAAGGUCUUCCUCGCAACCAAAUUCGUCAACCGUAUCAAGGAGAGCGGCGAGCGAUUCAUGGACGGUUCUCCCGAGUGGUGCCACCAGGCGUGCAACGACUCGUUGCGCCGACUUGGUGUCGACCAGAUCGACCUGUACUACGCCCACCGUCCCGACCCGCAGGUCGACGUCACCGAGACCGUCAAGGCUAUGAAGGAGCUCAAGGAUCAGGGCAAGAUCCGCUACAUCGGUGUUUCCGAGUACAACCUUGAACAGCUCGAAGCCGCCAACAAAAUUGCACACAUCGACGCCAUUCAGAUCGAAAUCUCCCCAUGGACACCAGAGGCUCUUACCAACGGAAUCCUGGAUUGGAGUUCGCGCAACGGAACCGCCCUUAUUGCAUACAGCCCGCUGGGGCGCGGCUUCAUCACUGGCCAAUACAGGUCCGUCGAUGACUUCGAGCAGAACGACUUCCGACGAUUCAACCCUCGUUUCCAAGGCGAAAACUUCAAGAAGAACCUCGAGCUCGUCGACGAUAUCAAAAAGAUCGCUGAAAAGAAGGGCGCCACCGCAGGUCAGAUCGCCCUCGCAUGGCUCCUCCAGAAGUCGCCCAUCAUCCUUCCCAUUCCAGGAACGAAGAAGGAGAAGUACCUGGACGAGAACAACAAGGCCGCUGAGAUCAAGCUUACCGACGACGAGGUGGCCGAGAUCGACGGUGUCAUCAACAGCUUCAAGGUCUCCGGUACCAGGUAUGCUAAGGAGAUGAUGUCGGUAUGCGCAUUCUAA